GCUAACCGAAGGGAGUUACCAGGAACCUGGAGACAAUCAGACAUUAUCAUGAUUAAGACGACAGCGGUGACUGGGAUAUGAUGUAUGUGCAUUUCUUCUAAAAGUGACAACAUGGAAUCUGAAAAUGCCACUGACCUGUAUGAAGACAACCGGGAUGUUGAUCUAAGUCGCCAGUCCCUCCAGAGUAACAAGAAAGAUUCCCGAGCGUCAUCCUUCCAAAAAGAUAAAAAGAACUUCAGGGACAAGAUCCAGGAUGAUGAUGAAAAAGACAGCAAUGUUGAGAGUAGAUCAAAAACCAGAACCUGGCAUUCAGACCCUGAUCGGGAUCAGAUAUCAGAUGGAGAGGGACGGAGGAGUAGUGGGUCAUUUUACUCAGAGGACUAUGAGAAUGAGUCUCUGUCAGAGCGUUCGCUGUCACCAUACUCCCAGUCCCGGACUCCAUCCCCUGCUCCUCAAAGAGGAGUGCGGGCAAAGAAGAUUUCUGGCAGCCCCCUCUACAAGACAGGUGGUGUGGGGCGCCACGGUGUGUCCCGCCCACAGCGUCUAGGUGGCCAACCUCUGAUCCAGCAGCAUCGCAGGGGAGUGCGGGCACAAAGCAAGGAGUCCACACCUCCUAAAGACCUGGACCUUGUGACCAAGCGGAUGCUUUCGGCCCGCCUGCUUAAGAUCAAUGAAUUGCGUAACGCUCUUGCUGAGCUGCAACAGCGCACUGAUGAGCUGCAGAGGGAAAACCGAAUUCUCAGACAGCUUCAGGUUCGUCAAGAGAAAGCCCUGCAGCGCUACGAUGACACCGAAAGUGAGAUUUCUCAGCUGCUGUCCCGCCACUCCAACGAGACCCACGUGCUGCGCGAACGGGUCAGGCGCACUCAGGAGCGGGAACGGGCAGCUGAGCGGCGGAUGAAGGACAGCGAGGAGCAGCUCCAGAGGAGUCAGGUGACCAUCGCUCGGCUGAAGAAGCUGGUCGACCAGCGAGAGUUAGGAGCCAGGGAUGAGCUGAACCGCAGGCUGGAAGAAGAGAAGGCACGGGCUCAAGAGGCAGAACGUAAGAUUAAGGAGCUGGAGCGUAGCAUGGAGCUGAGCAACAGUAGUUACCAGAGGCAGUUGGCUGCAGAGAGGAAGAAGACCAUCAGUGCCCAGGAGGAGAUCAGGACCCUGCAGGAGGAGCUGGAAAGACUGACAAGUAAACUUAAGGAGAAGGAGAGAGAACUAGAUACCAAGAACAUUUAUGCCAACCGCAUGGUGAAAGCCUCAACAAGAAAAGAUACUGACAGUUGCGCAAAGCGGAAAGUCCCCAGCAGGAACAGCACCAAGGCAGUGCAGACUGAAGACAGGGGAUCUAGUCUUGAUUUCCCCACGCCUCCCCCCGCCAUCACUGAUGCCAAUGAUUACAGUGAACAGGGACCCGAUGAAUACCUAUCACUCAAGGAGCUUGACAGAGUGGACAGACAGGUGGAGACAGAAGACAGGCAUCCGAAUUGGGAACAGCAGAAGAUGAGAGACAGGGAAAAAGAAAGAGACAAGGAGAAAGAGCAGGAGAAGGACAAACGGCAACUCAACCAGGAGCUGAAUAUGCUUGAAGAGAAGGCAAAGAGAAUAAGAGACGGCUGGGAGAAAGAAGACAGAAAGAAGGCAAGUUCCCUGUUUAACCAGAAGGAGGAAGAGAACAACAGGAAGCGUGGUCAUGUCCAGGAGGAGGUUGACAAGUGGAACCAGGAGGCUCUGGCCAAUCAGCAAGUAGCAGAAGAAGCAUUUCACAAAAAAGAGCAACUGCUGGCUAAGAUGCGUGAAAUAGAUCGCCAAAACCAGGGAGCUCUGGACUCCAUGUUUGCUGCUUCGAGUUCUUCUGAAUCCAUUAAGAGUACCAGUGACCAUUCUUCUCCUCGUCCUCCUGAGCAGAGGAACCAUACCUCUUCAAUUUUCAGCCUCACAGAAUCUGAGGUGUUGGCCAGUUUGCGUGCUGGUGCUGGAAGCAGAGAAGGUGGAAGGAGAAGACCAGGCGUAGAGGGUGGAGCAGUUACAACAGGAAUGGGGAGAAGAGCAAUACGCACCCAAAUCUCCAGUGAUGACUUGGCGUUUGGAAGCUAUGCGCCUUCUUUUGGACUUUCAGCUUCCCGGGGAUCUUCUGGUUUCCCUCCACCUCCACCCAAAGAGGAUAGGGACUCUGCAUUAGAAGCAAUAGGUGUUUUUAGUCUCAAAGGGGUGGAGACAGAAAAAGAAAAGGACAUGGAAAAAGGAAUAGGGAAGGACAGGAAGUCUAGCCUCAUGCAGCAGCUAUUCGGUGCCCUGGCCACAACAGCUGGUGACUGUGUGGGCACCUCCAAUACAAUGGAGGUCCUCAGUAGUCCUCCAAAUACCAAUGGAGUACGUUCAAGAAGGGACGGACUGUUCAGCUUCAGCUCAGGGUCUUCCACUCCUCCAGCAUCCUCUUUAAGCACCCUACAUGUAGCAGAUAGCAGACCUGCCAUCCGUGCCAUCACCUCAUUUGAUGAUGACAUAGAGGAACUGACUUUAUGAAAGCAAUUUGGACCAGAGGUACUCAGUCUCAUAGUACGUAAUCACAUCUGUCAGCUAAAAAAUUAGACACCAUGGGAUGAUUUCCAAACUAUAAGAAAUUAAGUGAAAAACCUGGUCUAUAAAUGUUGAACACUAUUGACAUCCCAAUAAAAAAAUUCGCCAUUAUAACAAUACCAAAGGUAGUAACUGUCUGCAAAGUAUCUAAAAUACUAUUUGACUAUAUAAAUGAGAAACAAUUUAGCCUGUGUGACUGUCUUUAAUGUUUCAUCAUGUAGAAAAUGUAAUUGAAUGUGGUUUUCAAGCAUUCAGGUGACUGUACAGAAAUUUUUGACCCUUGGAUUUGUUUUAAUACUAGUUGCACUUUUUAUGACUUUUAUUUGUUGCAUUUGUUAAAUCUGAAGACAUGUUUCACUGGUUGCAGUCCAGAUUUCCAAUCAGAAUUUGACUGGUAGUUGAUGUGAGCAACACAAAGUCUGCAAAGCUGCAAGACAAAGUGUCCCCGCACCUAGAACAUUUGUCCAAUAAACACAGAGACCCGACACACAAGCAAUACAGACACACUGAAACUGGAUGCAAAUCACAUUUACAUUUCACAUUUUAGUGCUUUGCCAUAUUUUGUAGUAAUAAAAGAUAGGUUGCAGUUAUAAUUCGUUGGUCAGGGAUCCUGGAUAUUUUUUUUGUAUCUUACUUGAGCAAAAUUUAUUCCAUAAAAUUUGGUAAUCCUUUAAAUCUUUUAUAGUCCAUGCCAAAAGAAUUUACCACUGAGUGAAAUGACAAUCAUUCUAUUUGUAGACUGAUUCCUGAAUGAAUCACCAGCACUAAGAUAUUGAGUGUUUGCCACUAAAGAUUCAGACCCACUAACACCAGCUCACUUGUCCCUCCUUAAACAGUGAAUACCUAUAAUUCCUGGCAUGUUUCAGGGCCCUUAUCCCCUGCACUGAUAUGUCUCCUGAUGGCUGCACUACACUGACCCGACAAUCAGUACUAAAACAAACCACCAGUGGCUGUAAGAGAAGCUACCUGUUGAGAUUCAACUGUAUUGAACAAAAUAGACAAAAUUUUUAUCUCUAUUUAUUUAGUUAUGUUGUAUUCACAGAACUUACAUUCCAAAAUGAAAAAAUCUUUGUAGAAUCGUUCAGCAGCUCUUACCACACUAAAUCAGUAUAUUCUUCCGGAUAUCUCAUUUUUACACGUUUGAGGAGCUCUUUGUAUUUAUUCUUUCCAAAUUUAAUAUAGUCAUUUUCGU